AUGGGAAAUAUUGAAGAGCAAAGGGAGGUUGAGAACAAUGGGCAGAAAGAGAAGGGAUUUGAUGAGCAAAGGGAAGUCUACAGACAAGGGGUACGAGAGGCCGAGAAUGACAUGGGGAGGGGAGAGAGAGAGGUUGUUUGGCAGAACUUUCUCAUAUGUGUCAUCCUUUUCUAUACUGUGUACUACGUGGUUCUGGGCAUGUGCUGUGUGAUGCUCAAGGUGUAUGAGUUGGAUGUCCUGGCACCAUUUGAUUUCAAAACAAAUCCUUCAUGGCUCAACACAAAUUAUAAAGUUCUUUUAGUCUCAACAGAGGUCACCUACUUUGUUUGUGGAUUACUUUUCGUUCUGGUAGUGGAAGAGUGGGUUUGGGAUUAUGGUAUUUCAGUAACUAUUCUUCAUGUUGCCAUCACUUCAACUGUUAUGCUGGAAUUCCCCUUGACGUCACACUGGUGGGCUGCCUUAGGAGGCAAUGAAGAUGCUCGUUAUGAGCACUAG